AGCCUUUCCGCCUGCCUGCCUCGCUCCGGAGCAGGCGAGCAGGCGCCAGCUGCACGGACAGCGGUCCCUGAGCCACAGAAGCCUGGCCCCAGCACUAUGGAAAUGGAGAUCCCUCCAACCCACUAUGCAGCCUCUCGGGCGGCCUCGGUGGCUGAAAACUGCAUCAACUACCAGCAAGGGACCCCCCAUAAGGUGUUUCAGGUGCAGACCGUCCAGCAGGCCAGCAAGGAGGAUAUUCCUGGAAGAGGAAACAAGUAUCAUCUUAAAUUUUCUGUGGAAGAAAUUAUCCAAAAACAAAUUGCAGUGAAUUGUAGAGCUGAAGUUCUUUACCCUCAAAUGGGACAAGCUACUGCACCAGAAGUCAACUUCACAUUUGAAGGAGAAAUUGGGAAGAACCCAGAUGAGGAAGACAACACAUUUUAUCAUAAACUCAAGUCCAUGAAGGAACCACUAGAAGUACAGAAUAUUCCAGACAGUUUUGGAAAUGUGUCUCCACAAAUGAAGCCAGUUCAGCACCUAGCCUUGGUAGCCUGUGGUUAUAUAAUGUGGCAGAAUUCAACUGAAGACACAUGGUAUAAAAUGGUAAAAAUUCAAACUGUCAAGCAAGUGCAAAGAAAUGAUGACUUUAUCGAAUUAGACUAUACUGUUCUACUUCAUGACAUUGCAUCACAGGAGGUCAUUCCUUGGCAAAUGCAAGUUCUUUGGCACCCACAAUAUGGUACGAAAGUAAAACAUAAUAGUCGUCUCCCAAAGGAAGUACAACUGGAAUAAACCAAGACCCUACCACUGAUGAAAUGAAGUGCUUGUCACUGAUGUGUGUGGUAUGCCAGUCCUCAUUGGUAUCUAGCCUAAAGAGCCAACACAUCCCAAACUAUUACUUUGUGUCAUGUUUUGAAUACAGUACAAAGUUGCCAUAAGAGUCUCAGUACAUAAAAACAAAAAUGUCUUUGUAACGUAACAAUACUAUGAAUAUCCCAUAAUAAAACAUUGCAGUUUCAGCAUUA